AUGGCGGGAGGCAGCUGGGAGAGACAAGAGGACGAGGAAAAGAGAGAGAAAGAAUCGUGGAUAGGGAGAGUGAAUUCAGGAGGAGCUGUUCCACUGCUCGAUCCGGAGAAUUGCGCCAAUGGAUGGGCGUCACCGCCAGGAAGCAAAUUCAUGGUUCGAGGCCCUGAGUACUUGAAGACCAAGGUCAAGAUUCCAGCUGGAGACUACCUCCUGAAGCCGAUCGGGUUCGAUUGGAUCAAGGGUCCGACCAAAAUCUCUGAAAUUCUGAAAGAUCCAACCACUAGAGUUAGGAGAGCUCUCGACGAGGCAUUCCCCCAAAUUGAGGGAGGAGGAAACCCUAAUUCUAAUCACAAUCAGAAACAACCCUUUGUUUGGGCUUUCAACUUGCAGGUGCCCAGCAAGGACAACUACAGCGCAGUGGCUUAUUUCGCCUUGUUCGAUCCUGUCCUGGAGGGAUCGCUGAUGGAUAAAUUCUUGAAAGGGGAUGAUGCAUUCAGGAACUCAAGGCUGAAGCUGAUUGCCAACAUUGUGAAGGGACCUUGGAUCGUGAGGAAGGCGGUAGGGGAUCAGGCGGUUUGCUUGAUUGGCAAGGCAUUGAACUGCAAGUACACUGUUGGGGAGAGGUUUAUGGAGGUGGAUGUGGAUAUCGGCUCUUCUGUUGUGGCGAAUGCGAUUGUGCACCUCGCAUAUGGGUACAUUACUCUGCUGACUGUUGAUAUCGGUUUCGUGAUUGAAGGGUUAACCGAAUCUGAGCUUCCGGAGCAGCUCCUGGGCGCGUUUAGAUUCUCUGAGCUCGACCCGGGUUCUGCCUCGAUGCUGAAACCCUCGUCGAAUGGCCUGCAGCAGCAGUCCUCGCUGUCGACCAGGACUCUAAGAUCCCAUACCGUUGAUCUUUUACCCGCCGACCAGUCUCGCGGCAUCUCCACCCCUGUCGCUGGCCGUGUUGCGGUGAAGGAAGAGCAGAUCGAUUCCCUGAAGCUCCGGCGAUCCGCCGCUGAUUGGCCCUCUUCGCUGAUAGAUAUGGAAGGUUUGGUGGGUUUAUGUACCACCACUCCAGUUCGUCCUUCUUAUAGGCAGCAUCAUUCUCUUUUCAUUCCACCUAUUUCCCUGCAACUGAGGAAGCAGCUAAUGCAAAGCAGUCUCGUGACCAUGAAACAGCAUCGUCCAUUUAAUUUAGUUGCUGCUUCAACUGAACCAUUAAAAACCUCAUUGGGACAGUUCGAUAACACUCUGCCAUCUAAAGAAGUGCUUGACCUUUGGAGAAGAGCUGAUGCGGUGUGCUUUGAUGUCGAUAGCACUGUGUGCCUUGAUGAAGGCAUAGAUGAACUUGCAGACUUUUGUGGAGCUGGAAAAGCGGUUGCAGAAUGGACAGCAAGGGCGAUGGGCGGUUCUGUUCCUUUCGAGGAUGCAUUGGCUGCUAGAUUAUCUCUAUUCAAACCGUCCUUGUCUCAACUUCAAGACUUCUUGGAAAAGAGACCUCCUAAGAUUUCUCCUGGCAUAGAUGAAUUAGUCAAGAAGCUCAAGUCCAAGAAUAUCAACGUUUACUUGAUCUCUGGUGGCUUCCGACAGAUGAUAAAUCCCGUUGCAUCAGUCCUGGGCAUUCCAGUUGAUAAUAUAUUUGCCAACAACCUUCUAUUUGAGAGUUCAGGGAAGUUUCUAGGGUUUGAUGCAAAUGAGUAUACAUCAAGGAGUGGAGGAAAAGCAACUGCUGUGCAGCAGAUAAGAAAGGCUCAUGGAUACAAAGCUAUGGUAAUGAUUGGGGAUGGUGCAACUGAUCUUGAGGCCCGAAAACCAGGUGGUGCUGACUUAUUCAUCUGCUAUGCUGGUGUUCAGCUCCGGGAGGCUGUUGCAGCAGAAGCUGAUUGGCUUGUUUUCAAUUUUACAGACCUGAUUAACUCUCUGGAAUAA